AAUUUAAGGUGCUGGCUGUGUCAUGAUGACUUCCACAUCGUUCAAUGGAUGAAAACAACCUUUAGAUUUUCUUUUGGCAACAAAUAGACCCGUCUUGUGGAACAUCGCCAGAAAAAUGCACUGAUCCGAGGGUCCCUGAACACAACAAGUUGCAGACUUCACUCGUUGAGCGCAGUAAUAACAACAAAACCAUCAUGUACAACUCCACUGACGCCUUCUCCCAGGUGGCAUUCAGGGACGUCCCGCAAUCGUACCCACUUGCUACCACAAUUAAUUGCUGCUACACACUCGCUGCACACUUCCAAACAAGUCCACGCGACUGGGUCGGCAUCUUUAAGGUGGGAUGGAGUACCAUCAAGGACUAUCACACUUUCAUGUGGGUGGAGUCGUGCGGGGACUCGAACCAAGAACAAUCAUCUACAAGGCACGCUUAUUUCAAAGAAUACUACCUGCCCAAGGAUGAGUUGGACUUCUACCAGUUCUGCUACGUGAACAGCUCAGGACAAGUGUGUGGCGCCAGCACGCCCUUCUGCUUCAAAUCGCAACAUCCCAACGACGAGCAAAUUGCAGCCAAUGGCUCAGACCUGAUGGUCAUUACCACGCAGGAAGAGGUGGAGCAGAGCGAUCGGGAAAUUGCAGCGUUGAAGGACGAGGCGCAUCGCAUCCGACAGCAAAAUGAAAAGUUGGAAACAGCUUUGCGGGAAGAGAGACGAGAAGCCGCCAUCUUGAAGGACAAACACGAUGGACUGGCCUCAGAACUUCAUUCGACGAAGCAGCAGCACGAGCGUCUUUUGAGUACUUGGCAGGAGCAACAGGAAGAAAUCCAACGUUUGAAGGAGUUGCUGACCCACAUGAACAAUCAGGUGGAACUUCAGGAACAGAACCUUGCUGAGUGCACAGAUUCUGAUCACAAAGGUGACGACGGUGGACUGCUGCUACAAAUUGAGCUGCAACUCCGAGAAGCUCAAACGAUGAUUGCAAACAAGGACGCCGUGAUCGAGGAGAAGAACAACUUGACGGCCAUGUUGAAACGCCACAACCAAGAGCUUGCUCAAGAGAACCAAAAGCUCACAGAUGACAUGGAGGAGCUGCGAAAGACUUUAGAUGACCUUCAAAAGCGGUUGACUGCACGCUCGGUGCAGCCAGAAGCAACGGAGAUGUGUGACAUUUCGGAUGACACACCUGUUGUGAGCCUUGUUGACAAUGAUGAGCAAGACCAGCCAACCCUGAUGUGCCGUCACUGCCUGGAGAGCUUCCCAGGAAGUACGCGGGCGGAGGUGGAAUGUCACGAGCGCAAUCACCAAGUGUGUCCUUUCUGCACGCUCAUCUGCGACGACAUGGAGCAGAAUGUGUUUGAAGACCAUGUCUACAGUCACGAGAUGUGACCGUAAAAAGCACCCGCUAAAUUUAAAGGCAGUAUAAUUACAGCUAAAGCUUUGCACAGUCUUAAAGAAAUCACAAGAUGUAUUUUUAUUAAUGUGAAAACAGCUCAACUGUUCUUGAAAACAUUUGACAUUGAUAUGAAGACAUUACAGUGUUUUCCGGCUACGUUGCAGAUUCUUAGGCAUGUAUUUUUUUUUAAUCAGUGUUUACGGAAUUCAUUUAGUUUUGCAAGCCAGUAUUAAAUUGUUACACAACAGGAUGAGCAGUACUGAGAACUUGUAGAAGAGAAGUGGUGUAAUUAGGAGCAAGAAGAAGAGGCGGAGAAGUGUCGUUUGCUCUGUGUGUGUUUUGGCGUUCUUAUAUCGUGAAUUAUCACAUAUUGCGGGUGUGUCUGAUCAUGGGGGUUCAUUGUACUGGCAUUUUGUACAGUCACGUGUGUCCAUAACACCCCCCCACACCCUUGCGCUGGCACAUUAUGGGCUAAAUCCUCAUCCAGGGUUUGGUCAGGGGCUCAUCUGAUUGGCCUCCUCGGGCGUGACAUCACGGGAGGUGAGCUCCGAGAAGAGGGCGGGCAGCCAGUACUGCGGCUCGCCCGAUGCCUGAGAGUCCAGCCAGGCCAGGCCCUCCUUCAGCAGGUCGUCCUACCAAUGACAACACAGGUCAAGAGAUGUCUCGUGAGUGGGAUGUUGUUGGCGUGGACUUACCAGGACGUGACUCGCUCGGUCGUUCUCCCACUUGAGACCGUCUUUAAUUUCACUCACCGUCACGUAGCCCUUCUUCUGCAAAGUAGUGACAAUGGGUUUGAAGUAGAGAUAUUUUUUUUAUUUAUUGUUUUGGGGGUACGUGUGGCUUACUUCAGCCAGUUGGAGGACCACCGUGUGGUCCAUGUUGAGCUCCGCCGGAACGGACUGCACCAAGUAGGAGCCACCCACCGGAAUCAUCCCGAAACCGUUGCCCAUGACUUUGAGUUUCUUGAUAGCUCGAACCAAAUCAUCCCUGGGGAAACGUGCGACACAUAAAGCAAUGUGAGGUUCAGAAAUGUGUAAGGAUUUGAUUUUUUUUUUUAAAAAUCUGUAUUGGAAACACUUACUGGCUGACAUCCUGAGCGUAUUUACCGCGACUCUUAAGAACCCUGUGAUGCAGUUCAUCCAAAGUCAUGAGUCCUGACAGAAUAAAUAAAAGCCUUUCACUGCUAUCGCCAUGGUGAUGUUGAGCGGCAUUGAUCACUAACCUCCGUUUCUGUGCUUGAGGGCCAAGCAAACCUCAAUAAUCUGCACGCCAAGCUCGUAGUAGAAGUCGCCCACCCCGAGCAUCUCUGACCAGAAACCUUUGCCAGCUGUCAAGAAAGCAACAUUUUCAUUUCAAAAUAAAAUAACAAGAAUA